AUGACAUCUACACCGUCUCUACCCGUUCUCAUCGCUGGGUCGGGUCCAUGCGGCCUUGCACUGGCUCUGACUCUUGCAAGAAAUGGAAUCAAAUUGCGAGUGAUCGAGAAAGACUCAGAAUUUCACCUCGGGCAGCGUGGGGCUGGAAUUCAGCCUAGAACUCUCGAGGUCUAUAACCUCCUCGGCAUCUUGCCGGAUGUCUAUGCACGAGGGAUUCCAAUGAAGCCGAUGUGCUUUUAUAAGCUUCCCGGAGGAGUUGAGCCUCUUAAAACUUUCUACAUGACCCCACCGGAGGAACCCACUCCCUCUGUACCACAUAUUGUCGCAUUCAUGUCCUUUAAGAUCAAUCCUUGGAUGCUUGGGCAAUUCCUUGCUGAAGAGAUCCUCCGUAACCAUCUCAAGAAAUACGGAUGCGAGGUUGAGCUCAGUACCGAGCUGAAGAGCUUUGAGCAGCACGACGGCCACGUUACUGCUCAUAUUGUAAAGAGAAAUGGACAAGAGGAAAUAGAGGAAACUGUGGCCUGCAAUUGGCUCGUAGGAGCCGACGGUGCCAAGGGUAUCGUCAGGAGGCAGCUGGGUUUUACAUUUCAGGGCGAGACCCUCUCGCAGCAGAUCGUCUUCGGCGAGAUUGAACUGAAGGGUCUUAGUCAAGAUGUCUGGCAUGUUUGGGGAGAUGCAUCCACAAUCUUUGUGGUCCUCCGUCCUGUCGAGACAGAAGGCCUGUUCAGUUUUGCAGUUGGAGGAAGCGUGGACUAUGAGCGAAUCUUCGCUGAUUACGGUGCACUGAUUCAAUGCAUACGGGAUGGGUCGCAAAGGAAUGAUAUCGAGUUCGGGAAGGUUAUAUGGAAAUCGGAUUGGAGAGCCAACAUCCGUAUGGUAGACAAGUUUGGUGAAGGACGCGUUUUCCUCGCAGGAGAUGCCGCCCAUGUUCACAGUCCGACUGGAGGACAGGGAAUGAACAGCAGCGUGCAAGAUGCAUUCAAUCUUGGCUGGAAGCUCGCGCUCGUCGAGAAAGGGCUGGCUCCUGCAUCUCUCCUGUCUACAUACACAGAGGAGCGCAUCCCUGUGAUCCGCCACAUGCUCGGCGAGACGACAAAACUGUACCACAGCACAAUGGCGGCAACCCACCAAGGUAAGGGAACAGAGAGCGCAUGGACGCGGGGGGGUAAGUUGAAGCAACUCGGCAUCAACUACCGCUGGAGCUCCAUCGUCGUAGACGAGCGAAACCCUCUCAAGAAUGGACAAGAUUGCGAGCCACUGGAUGCAUACGGUGUAGAUGGCAGUGUCGGGCUUAGAGCGGGGGACAGGGCCCCCGAUGCUCCUGGUUUGGUGCCCGUGAAUGCGGACGCUGACGUUGAGGCGACCUCUCUUUUCCAGACGUUCGGGUCGACCUACCACACUGUCCUCUUCUUUACUCCCGAUCCCUCGAACGUUGCGCUUGCGCUGGAGUCACUGAAGGUGUACCCUACGGAACUGAUCCUCUCGGCGAUCGUGUACCCCAAGGGCACAUCCAACACCUUGGGUAUCGAUGGUGUGAACAAGUGCUUCGUUGACGGGGAGGGGCAUGCUUCAGUAGCUUAUGAUAUUUCUGCGCUGGAGACGAUGAUCGUGAUCGUUAGGCCUGACGGAAUUGUUGGUGGAAUUGUGCGUGGGGCGGAUGGUGUGAAGAAGUAUUUCCGUGGUAUCUUUUCGGCGACUCUCGAUACUUUGUAA